AUGGGUAGCAUCGAAGAGCCAAACUUCCGCCAGAAGAACAAAGAUCUCGAUUAUGAUGUUCUUAUCAUUGGCGCCGGACUUUCUGGUAUCUACUCGCUAUAUCAAAUGCGCCAAUUAGGUCUGCGGGCGAAAGUCAUCGAGGCCGGCGGAGGUGUCGGCGGAACGUGGUACUGGAAUCGCUACCCAGGCGCACGAUUCGACUCCGAAAGCUACUCAUACAACUUCUCAUUCUCUCAAGAAAUCCUCGAUGAAUGGAACUGGUCCGAACAUUUCGCCUCGCAGCCCGAAACACUACGGUACUGCGAGUUCGUGUGCGACAAACUAGAUCUCCGUCGAGACAUGCAAUUCGACACACGCAUCACUGCAGCACAUUUCCAAGACGACACCAAAUCAUGGCUCCUAACAGACGAAAAGGGACAACAAUACACCUCCCGAUUCCUCACUACUUGCAUUGGCAUCUUGAACAACUACACCCUGCCCAAUAUCCCCGGAGUUCAUGACUACAAAGGCGAAGCCUUCCACACAGCCCGCUGGCCUGCAGAGCAGGUCGACUUCUCAAACAAGCGCGUCGCAGUCAUCGGCACCGGCGCAACCGCCAUCCAAGUAAUUCAAGAAGUCUCCAGGACUGUAGGUCAUCUGACCGUCUUCCAACGAACCCCGAACUGGAGUCUGCCUCUUCGGAACGCGCCCCUGAGCCAAGAAGAAAUGGACGAAAUUAAAACCCGCUACCCAGAGAUCUUCCGGAAAUGCGCAGAGUCUUGGCACUGCUUCAUGCAUGUCCCCGACAAGCGAAGCACAUUCGACCUGACUCCCGAAGAGCGCGAAGUAUUCUGGGAGGAACUUUAUGCCCGGCGUGGCUUUGCCAAGUGGAUGAGCAACUUCGGCGAUAUCAAUACGAACAAGGAGGCGAAUGCGCUGUUUAGCGAGUUUAUCGCGAAUAAAAUUCGCGAACGCGUACACGACCCCGUUACGGCGGAAAUCCUUAUUCCGAAAUGUCAUGGUUUCGGAACCAAGCGAGUACCUAUGGAAACGGGCUAUUUCGAUGCGUAUAACCAGCCCAAUGUGCGCUUGGUUGAUUUGAAAACCAACCCCAUUGACUGUGUUACCGAGACCGGCAUUAAAACCAAGCAUGAAUCCUUCGAGUUCGAUAUGAUUGUUUAUGCCACCGGGUUCGACGCAGUGACUGGAUCUUUCACGGCAAUUGAUUUCCGAGGCGUGAAUGGGGUUCAACUGAAGGAUAAGUGGAGCGAGGGUCCACGCACGUUUUUGGGUCUAUUUGUUGAAAGCUUCCCCAACAUGAUGAUGGUCAUGGGACCGCAUCAAAUGUUUGGAAAUAUUCCUCGCAGCGUGGAAUAUGCUGCGAGGUGGGUGGCGCGGUUUAUUGAGUUCUGUCGGAAUCGGGAUAUUACAUAUGCUGCGGCUACAGAGCAGAGUGUCUUGGAUUGGACGGAGCAUGUUCAUAACUGCGCAGUGGGAUUGCUUGCCAAUGAUGUUGAUUCUUGGAUGACUGGUGUCAAUAAGAAUUUGGCGCACAAACAGAAGAGAAUUAUUGCGCGAUACCAGGGUCCAGCACCUGGAUACCGAAAGCGUGCGGAAGAGGUGGUCAUGAGAGAGUAUAAGGAUUUGGUGCUUAAAUGA